AUGGCUGCCCUCAAGGACUUCAUUCCGAAGGAUGCCGACCAUGUCAAGCGUCUUUCACAGGCCGUUGAAGUAUACUCACACCUAUAUUACAAGGAGAAGGUCAAGGCGGACGUGGAUGCGGAGAUCAAAGCCGUGACGGUCAUCAGGCAUCUCACACAGAAGCGGUAUGAAGCGGAGACACUGGAAGUCCACGCUGAUAUUGCGGCAGAGGUGAAGCAGAUGAAGGCUCAGCACGAGGCUGAGAAAGCACAGACUGAGGAGGUGCAUGCCCAUGGAGAGUUCUCUCCAGCUGAAUAUCAGAGGAUGUUGUACAACAUGCCAGCCGUGUUCGAUCAGUUCUUGGGUGCGAUGGCGAAGGCCACUGGUUGGCGAUUUUCGGUUUUUGGAGGAGGACCUAGCCCAGAAGAUGGCGGGAAUCUGCGGUCAAUGGUAUUUCACUCGGCGGAAGGUUCCAACGACGUCAAAUUCGGUGAUACUAUACCAGAAUUUGAAGCCCAUUUCAUGGAGCCGUUCGGAUGGUUCCUUACCAUGGCAUUUCCUAUGGCUGUCCGUCAGAAGCGAGCACUCGCGACAUCGCUCACUCCAGGCUCAUCAAAGACAUCCUGA